AUGGGCGUGGAGAGCGGGAAGAACGGCCUUGCGACGUAUUACCGAGGAGCAAUCGAGCAGAUCGAUGUCAACCUCCGAGAGAAGACCAAGAAUCUUCGUCGGCUCGAGGCUCAGCGAAAUGAGCUGAACGCGAAAGUGCGGGCGCUGAAGGAGGAGCUGCAGCUGCUGCAGGAGCCGGGGUCGUAUGUGGGCGAGGUGGUCAAGGUCAUGGGCAAGACCAAGGUGCUCGUCAAGGUGCACCCCGAGGGCAAGUACGUGGUGGAUGUGGACAAGGGCAUUGACCUGACGAAGCUGACGCCGAGCACGCGCGUGGCGCUGCGCAACGACAGCUACGUGCUGCACCUGGUGCUGCCCAGCAAGGUUGACCCACUCGUGUCGCUCAUGCGCGUCGAGAAGGUGCCCGACUCCACCUACGACAUGAUUGGUGGCCUGGACCAGCAGAUCAAGGAGAUCAAGGAGGUGAUCGAGCUGCCCAUCAAGCACCCGGAGCUGUUUGAGAGCCUUGGAAUUGCCCAGCCCAAGGGAGUGCUGCUGUAUGGUCCCCCCGGCACGGGCAAGACGCUGCUGGCGAGAGCGGUGGCGCAUCACACGGACUGCACGUUCAUCCGUGUGUCGGGGUCAGAGCUCGUGCAGAAGUACAUUGGCGAGGGCUCUCGCAUGGUGCGCGAACUCUUCGUCAUGGCCAGAGAGCAUGCGCCGUCAAUAAUUUUCAUGGACGAGAUUGACAGCAUCGGGUCAGCGCGCAUGGAGUCGGGAAGUGGCAACGGGGACAGCGAGGUGCAGCGCACCAUGCUCGAGCUGCUCAACCAGCUCGACGGCUUCGAGGCCUCCAAUCAAAUCAAGGUGCUGAUGGCAACCAACAGAAUCGACAUCUUGGAUCCAGCUCUGCUCAGGCCUGGCCGCAUCGAUCGCAAGAUUGAGUUCCCCAACCCAAGCGAAGAGUCUCGUGUGGACAUUCUGAAGAUCCACUCUCGCAAGAUGAACUUAAUGAGGGGCAUUGACCUUUCCAAGAUAGCUGGGAAGAUGAAUGGAGCAAGUGGUGCUGAGCUCAAGGCUGUUUGCACAGAAGCUGGCAUGUUUGCACUACGGGAGCGGAGGGUCCAUUUACGCCACGACGCCAUGGCCCUCGCGUGCUCCAUGUCGUCAGCAACAUCCACAUUGAAGCUGUCCCUCGCUCCUCCCAGAAUAGCCUCCACUACACGCCGAUGCACCGUCAUCUGCCAAGCUGAGCCCAUCCGGCGACCAGGUCCCGUCGCUCCGCAAUCAGCGGACGCUCCAGCAGCCGCGGCUCCUGCCAGUCCGUCCUCCGCAGCGGCGACUGUUCCGGCAGGCGUGACGGUGGAGUAUCAGCGGCAGGCGGCAAAGGAGAUGGUGGCGUACUUCCAGGAGAAGAAGUACGAGCAGGACGUGCGGGACGGGAAGGUUCUCGGCUUCACCACCAAGAAUGAGAUCGGCAACGGACGAUGGGCUAUGUUUGGUCUGGCAGUGGGUCUGCUCACAGAAUACGCCACAGGGGUGAACUUUCCGGACCAGCUCUACAUUCUGCUCUCCAAUUUUGGCAUUGUUGACUAA